CCCGUCCUUGUCCCCGACCUUGAAUAUCCUUCUUCCUCCACUCUGCUCUGCUUUCUCCGCCAAAACACACACAAGAAUGAGUUCUCGAGCUGUUCGUCGCGCGCUGCAGCUGCAGCAGAUGCAGCAGCAGAAGCAGCAUGAAUCACGGGACUCGUCGCCCGAGGCGCCUGCGAGGCCGGAGAAGAUAUCUCCGUUCGCGGCGCUCGCGGCAGAUGGCGAUGACGAUGGCGAUGACGAGGACGAGGACGUGCAGGAGGAGGAGGAGGAGGAGGAGAUUAUAAGGCCUAAGCCCAGUCUUUUUGCUUUGCUUGGUGAAGACGACGACGACAAUUCCGACGAUCAGGACAAGAGUGAGCCGGAAGAGGAGCCGGUGCAGGAAGUGGUCAAGCCAGCUCAACCGUCAUCCAGCAAGAAAAAAUCCAAGAAGUCCAAAAAGAAGAAAGCUGCUUCUUCCACAAAACAAGAACCGCCAGCUCAAGAUCUCGAUGAAAUCGACAGAGCUCUAGCCGAACUCAACCUCAAAUCCGCUCACCACAAAUCCUCACCGGCAACCUCCGACUCCAUCACCACUUCUAUCCAACAGCAACAAGACGGCCAAGCCGCCGCGCGCCUUCUCUCCGUCAACACCAAAAACCUCGAUCCCAGCCGCGAGAUGCGCAAAGCUUUCGGCCGCCGCGUGCUCCAAGACGAAGCUCGCGAGGCCCGUCGCGCGGCCGGUCGCCGCGGCCCGGUCGCAGGAAGACAGGCAUUUGCGCGAAAGUACGUGCUCGUGCAGCCGGGCGAAGAUUGGCCGCCUUUGGCCCUUGCCUCUGGGAUCUCGAUGGAGGUCAUCGGGACUGAAGCAGAUAUCACAAAGGUCAAGUUUACGCAUUCGCGCGACUACAUGCGUGUCCAGGCUCAGUUCUACACUUGUAUCCAGAUCGGAGAUCCUGAGAUGCUCGUCCACUUGCUCCAGAAUAAUGUCUACCAUGUAUCAACCCUCCUACAAGUCGCCGAAAUCCUAACUCACCACGGCGAGCACACCAAAGCUGCAAAGACAGUCGAGCACGCCCUGUUCGCCUACGACAAGGCCUUCCACUCGCUCUUCAACAUCUCCUCCGGCCGCGUCCGUCUUCCAUUCAAAUACUACGAAAACCGCGGCUUCUAUCUCGCUGUCUACCGCCACGUCCUAAACCUCGGCCGGAGGGGAACUUGGGGCACUGCCUUUGAGUUUUUGAAGUUAUUGCUCGCCGUCUCGGCGGAAGAGGAUGCAUACUGCGUGCUUCUGAUGAUUGACGUCUACGCGAUCCACGCCGCGGCAGAGCAGUUCCUCAUCGACCUCAGCUCCGCCGCUCUAUUCGCAGACCGCAUCAAGUACUAUCCAAACAUCGCCUUCUCCCUCGCUCUCGCAUACUUCCACAAAGGCGACCAGGAAGCAGCUGAGAACGCCCUCGCCACCGCCGCCUCUACUUUCCCUUGGACUCUCUCCGCCCUCGCUUUUGCUCUCGGCCUCGAUGUUCCCCCGCAACUCAUGAAAUUCAACGAGAAACCCUCAGCCUACCAGGAGCUAAUGACGCAGCUCUACAUCGAGCGCGCUCUCCCCAUCUGGUCCUCCCCCGCCACCAAGACUUUUCUCGAGACCGCGAUCGAGCGCGUCAAGUCCGUGACUCCGUCCCCCCCCGCGUACGCGCUGGAUCCCAAGACCCCAAUCACCCGCGACAUUGCGCGCCACGUGCUCCUCUCCGAGAUCAAAUCGGUUCUCGAACUGCUUCCCCGGGACCUCGUCGCCGGCGAAGAAAUCUGGACAGACGACAUCCUCCCUCCCGACGACAACAUCUCGCCCUACGCCACUAACCCUUUCGAAGCGCUCCGCACCACGGGCACCGUGACUGCCAACCGGGGCGAGGGCGAGGACGACGACGACGCGCUCGACGGACAGGAUAUCGCGACUGGACUAUGGCACAGUCUUUUGCAAUGGCGCCAGGGCCGCCGAAACGAGCAGGCCGAUAACGAAGACGACGAUAAUGAGGAGGAUGAUUUCGACGCCGCGCAGGCAGAGAUCGAAUGGGCGCUCGCUCAUCAGCACGAACAAGGCGGUCCUACGGCGCGCGAGCUCACAGAGGAGGAAGUGGCUAAUUUAGAAAACGAAGAGGAAGGACAGCCUGGUCAGGCACGGCAGUCGUAUUUUGGUUCGUUGUUUCAGAGGUUUGCAGGGAUCUUGCGCACGGAUUCGGUGUCGCCUGCUGAUGAGGAGGCGGAGCAGUUUAGCGAUGAUACUGAUACUGAUGAGGAGUGAUGUGGUAUCUAGCAUCAGAAUGGUUUUGUAAAUAUGGUGACUU